AUGCGCGACUUUAUAGACUAUCUCCAAGAGGCCUUUAUAACAGCCAGCGGGGGGAACACAUAUGACAACAGCUACUCCAACCUCGACCUCACAUCCCGCUCCCUGCUGCACUUUCCCACGCCAACAGGCAGCAGGAUAACCCUCUCCUCUUUCGUACGGCCCAAGUUCGGAACCUCGUACAGCAUCGGCAUAAAGGACGGCUGGGUCUCGUACCUCUACUCGACCCUGCCCACCGACGCCACCACCAGCUCGGACCGCAUCCCCCUGCCCGACCUCCUGCGCAGCUACCGCUCGCUGUCCACCAACGCCGCCCGCCACGCCGUCGGCCAUGGCCUCGUCUACGGCCGCCUGUACCUGCCCCAGAGCAGGCUCGAGGCCCUUCUCGCCACCCGCGUCACCCGCGAGGUCAACCUGACCAUCCGCGCCGUCAGCCAGGAGACCCUGCGCCACGGCGGCACCGCCCUGGCUCUGGCGUCAUGGGAUGACCCCGCCGGCCGCUUCGGAAUCGAGACGCUCGCCUCGUCGGACGGCGGCGUGCUCGGGCUGCGGGGGCUGUGGAACGCGACCAACCCGCCGGCGCACUCCAGCGGCACGGACAUGUUUACAGGGACAGCAGCAUCACAGCCGAGCACAGCCAUACCCAUCACGGCAGGGCCUUCCCCUUUUUCUGACCCAACGGCCGCUGCCACCACCACUAACACAGCCGGCAACAACCACAAUGCCGACAAGGAGCGCAUCAACGGGCGAUUCAGCGUCGGCGGCGAGAUCUACUACGGGCUGCUCAACAAGUCGGGCGGGCUCAGCCUGGGUGGGCGGUUCCAGACGCUGCCGACGCACGCGGGAACCCCGCUGACGGCGGCGCUGACGUUCAACCUGCUGGGCCACUUCAGCGCCACCUACGCCGUCAUGGCCGGCCGCGGGUGCACGCUGGCCAGCCAGUUCGGCUUCAACGUCUACAGCUACGAGAGCGAGUGGGCGGUCGGCGUGGAGCUGUGGCGGGGCGGCAGGGCGGGCAAGGGGAGGGACGCGCCGCCGGGGCUGGCUGAUGCUGCCGCUGCUUCCGGGCGCAGGAGUGGCGAUGACACAGGCGCCAAGGACGAUGAGCGGGCCGUGGAUCCAGCUGAUAUCCCGCCGCAAGAGGCCGAGGCGGUCCUCGCUGCCAGGGCGGGGCUGGACCACGAGAUCGACCCGAGCCUCGCGGAGGCGAUGCACACGAGGGAAGCAAGUAACAACUCCGUAAAGAUCGCGGCCGCGGCCGCGGAGGCGGCGCCGACGACAACCACGAUACCAGCAGCAGAAAAAAUCGCAAGACACCGAAGCUUCCAGGCGAAACUGGAAUGGCGGCUCGACGACUAUGAUUUCAAGCACACGCAGCCAGAGGCCUAUGAUCCCUCCACGGGAGCCAAGCUCACCACCACGACGGGGGUUGGAGGGUCGUCGUCGUCAUAUGGGGAGGGCGAGUGGCGCAGCGACGGCGACGAAGACUCGCCUGCCGGCGUGGUCAAGUGCCGCUGCGACCAGCACAUGCGGGUCGGGCUCAUGUACGAGGGCCGCUACAAGUCCCUGCUGUUCAGCCUGGGCACGGACGUCGACUUCCGGAGGCUGGACGCGCCGUUCCAGGGGGUCGGGCUGGCGGUGCAGUUCUCUUCAUGA